UUGUGCGCGUGGAGACAAAAAGAAACUGUAAGAUUUUAUUAGAUGUUAUAAUAUUUAGACUUAUUUACUGUGUACCGCAACCUCUCAUGAAUGAAAACAAUCUCGAUGCCAGUAUAUGAUCACCUAUAACGAUAUGACAGGAGAAAGGCAAAGCAGAGAUGCAGAAGAAGAUAUCUGUCUUGGCUAAUUGUAUGGUUCUGAUGCCAUGCCAUGGCGUUCCUGCUUCUACCAGAACCAUCAAUUAAUUAGUUUUUAGAACAAACAGUGUGUCGUGUAUGCAUACAGCUUUUAAGUGUUGUAUUGUCCGGACACUCCAAACCAUCCAGAAGGGUAUACUUUAGGAUAUCUUGAAUGAUGUGAUUUUUUUCUUUACCUCCAAUGGAUUCACGUGGUCUGCCUUCAGAUGUGUGUAUUACUUAUGUAAUAUGAAUGUUUGGAAUAGGCGGUAGGAAAUAUCUGUGAUAUAAACAGUUUACAGGACACGGUGGCUCGUGUGCUGUUUAUCUUGAGAAGUGGUUAGCUAGCGCGAUGUCUCGUGUGGACAAGGCAAAAGAUUUCUUUCCAUAAUGAGGGAGACAAGAGGAGAGUCAUCGAGAAUUCCAAGACUGCACGUGACCGCACGCCAUUUCAGGAAAAACUGACCUCUCGCACACCAAAGCAUCAAUGAUUCAGUGUGUAACAAUUAUGGCGAUCCACUUCUUGAAUUCAAAAGAGGAUAAAGAAAGGAAAAGUUGUAAUGAACGUUGUCUUCUAUUUUGGGAAUUUACUUGAUGAAAUCGAUGAAGUGUAUUUGAAUUAAGACGCAAGUACCUGUGUGAAUUAUGUAUCCUUUUGUGCUUUACUCCGUUGUGUGAGGAUUAAAGGAAAGUGAUCUACAUUUGUAAUGGGUGUUGAAAACUCGUCGUCUGAUAACCUGUUGGUGUCUGCUGUGGAUAGUCUUCUUAGCAAUGGAAGUACUCAUUUCGGAGGAGGUUUGGAACUUCCUCAGCCCCAUUGGAAUUGCAGCUUGAUGGAUGUUUUAAACAUAUCGGAUUGUGUUACUGUGAUAUUAUCUCAAGAUUUCCCCAAAUCUGUUCCUAAUUGUUCACUAGGAGAUCAUUUACCUUAUAAUUGUACAACGGACAACAUUCCACACGUUUCGGACAAACAAGAAAAAUCUCUUGCCAAAAUUAUCGCAAUAUCUAUUCUGUGUGCAGUCCUUUCCAUUCUGACGAUUGGUGGUAACCUUCUAGUCAUAAUAGCUUUCAAAAUGGACAAACAGUUGCAGACGAUAAGUAACUACUUUUUGCUGAGUUUAGCUGUUGCUGAUAUGACAAUCGGUUUUGUGUCGAUGCCAUUGUAUUCAGUGUAUAUUAUUAUGGGAGAAUGGCCCCUUGGUUCCAUUUUCUGUGAUUUCUGGUUAUCUCUAGAUUACCUAAUGAGUAACGCAUCCGCCGCUAAUUUGAUGCUUAUAAGUUUUGACCGUUACUUUUCUGUAACUAGACCAUUGACCUACCGUGCGAAACGGACGAGUAAAAAAGUUGGAAUGAUGAUAGGUUGUGUAUGGCUAAUUUCAUUGUUACUGUGGCCCCCGUGGAUUUUUGCGUGGCCGUAUAUCGAAGGUGUUCGAACCGUUCCAGAUAAUGAGUGCUAUAUUCAGUUUUUAUACACAAAUGUGUAUGUAACUAUAGGAACCCAUGUUCUUGCCUUCUGGCUUCCAGUAGCAAUCAUGUGUGUUCUUUAUUAUAAAAUAUACAGAGAGACUGAAAAAAGACAGAAGAGAAUGCCAAUGUUGUUGGCAACCAAAGAUUUCAAAGGGUUCAAGAAAAACUUCUCCCCGGAACAAAACCUUAUGUUUUCACCCAGGUCCUCGUCUUUGGACCUCGACGAUGUGUACGACCUUGCUGAGAGUCUGGUUCCAGCUGAGAGGACAUGUAUGUCGCGUUGGUUUUGCUGCAAAAUAGAUCGCGAUGACGAAGCUGAUGAAAUAAGUAGCAGCGACCCAGCUUCACCGAUGAACCUGCUACAAGAGGAAGAAGAACCACCCGUUAGAACUUCCCACCAUUCGAGAUCUACCAACGGGUGCCAUAGAAAUGGCGGACCCGCGCGUUCAAAUGGAUUCGUCAUUCCGCUAAUUGCAAUGGGUUCGAGUCGCGCAUCAUCUGUCAUCACUUCUCCGGAAUCAUUAACCAAAACGUCCAGCGCGAACACAGAUUUAUCGGUAGUGACCAAUGAAUGUCAAAGUCCACUUCUUGAUGAUACCGACGAACUUUACACUAUCGUCAUUAAUAUCCCCAGGGAGGAAUCAAUUAAUGUAACCCCUAGCCCAUCUAUUCAAAUGAUUGCGGACACGCCAGAAGUCAAUCAAAAAUACAAAUCGGGACCAAGUCGGAAAUCAGAUUAUGAACUAGAAAAAAUAUCAGAGGAAGCCAUAGAACGUAUCUCUGAAGGACAAGGUUUGGUGUCAAGCAGUGAAUGCAUACCGUUACCGAAAGGCACACCGGCGCUUGGGCGUCGAACUCGGUCAACCGACGCAAAUAGAACUGCUCAGCAAGCGAGAAUCGCUCAACAAGCUGCGCUCAAAGUUAAACAACAACAAAGGGCGAGAAAGAAAAGAACUGAGCGAAAGCAAGAUAAGAAAGCUGCCAAAACACUGAGCGCCAUUUUAUUUGCUUUUAUAAUCACGUGGUUGCCAUAUCAUGUUGCCACUCUCGUUGAAGUCUCGUGUCCGGGUUGCGUUCCACUGACUCUUUACUACUUUGCUUACUGGUUCUGUUACAUUAAUAGCACAAUCAACCCUGUAUGUUACGCCCUCUGUAAUGCCAACUUUAGAAAGACUUUCUGGAAAAUUUUGACUUGUCGUUGCGCACGCAACCGGAUGUUGAUGCAACGCCGAAUGACGUCAACUUACUCAUUUGGUGCUGCUAAUAGGUGACAUCACGGAAAAGCUGUAAUUUAAUCCAAUGUUGUGCAAAUAAACGACUUUAUCAUGACUGUUAUACACAAAUAGAAUGCAUGACUAAAAGUUUAUUGUAAACGAUGUACUUUCGAGAAUUGACGUUGUUUGUAUUUUAAGAAAACGAUUGAGAUCAGAAUCUAAAAAAACGCACAAUACUGAAUCCGACCCUGCUUCUGUCUUAAAAAAAUAAAAUGUGUUUUAUUCCUUAUUCUGUGAUACUUUGUGCACAAUCAUUUUUUUUAUGAAGUGCACACUUAAUGUUUAUAACUUUCGUUAUUUUCUUGACAUAGGGUGUGAAAGCUACACUAUCUAAGGACUUUUUAUUGUGUGAUAAAGAAAUUAAGCUGCACGAACAUAAUGCACAGAUAAAUCCAAAUGUUUACCGCAUGUUUUGGUAACAACAGUUGCAAUGGUCAAAAUUUAAAAUACAUGUUAUGAUUGUCAAAUGAAAUAAAUACUAGUAUUAUGAAAAUAUUUAUAUACAGGUUUUACUACCUUCAACAUGUUGAAAUGCUGUGUCAUACGCAAAUUUUAUGUGUUCUACGUUUAAUAAAUGAUACAACAUUC